UCCACCAGCAGGACAGGACUGAUGCUCUCACAGCAAUUGUGUGAAAGGUAAAGGAUCAAGGUCCGAGCAGGGGGCUAAAAGCUGCAGAUUAACUGAGAAGAGAGACUUUCCCAGUGUUUCCAGUCAGUGUGGUUCUCUCCAGCGGUGCACAGGAAGUCCUUCUGGAUAACUUCUCUGUUUACGGAGUGUGGAAAUCUGCUCAAGUGUUGUGUUCAGGGGCGCGGUGAUCUGCAUCUGCACACAAUGAUCCCAAAGAUUGUGCUGUGUUCACAGACUCUUCGGAGCAACAGUGGCUUUUCAAGAUCUUUUAAACUUUUGCAGAGACCAUGGACGCAUCAUCCAGCCCUGCCUGCAGCGAGUCGUGGCAUCCAUGUGGACUCCCCGCCCAUCAUCCCGUCUCUCAUCACCAGCUACGCCCACGGCACGACCACCACCUCUCUGCUCCACUCCACGGUAGGAGACUCCCUGCUGAGGACGGUGGAGCGCUUCCCUGACCGAGAGGCCGUGGCCUUCCUGCAAGAUGGAGUCCGCAAAACCUUCGCACAGCUUCAGAAGGAUGUGGAUCAGGCUGCAGCCGGGCUGCUGGCUCUUGGGCUGCAGAAAGGAGACCGGCUCGGCAUGUGGGGUCCCAACACUUACGAAUGGAUCCUGUUCCAGUUCGCCACAGCCAGAGCUGGCAUUAUAUUGGUGUCUGUGAACCCAGCGUACCAGCUGCAGGAAGUGGAGUUUGCACUGCGGAAGGUUGGGUGUAAAGCUAUCGUGUGCCCUACGGAGUUCAGGACUCAGAAGUACUGUGACAUGCUGAGACAGAUAUGUCCAGAGAUCGAGACGUCCACCCCAGGAGACAUCAGGAGCGCCAGACUCCCAGACCUCCGCUCUGUGAUCGUUGUGGAUAGUCGGCAGCCAGGUAUGCUUCUCCUGGAGGACGUGAUGCAGGCCGGCAGCAGCCAGUACAUGCAGCAGCUCCAGGAUCUGCAGAGGAAGCUGUCCUUUGACGACCCCAUAAACAUCCAGUUCACCUCGGGCACAACUGGAGCUCCAAAGGGAGCCACGCUGUCUCAUCACAACAUCGUCAACAAUGCCUAUUCCGUUGGAAAGAGACUGGGAUACACCUGGAGGCCUCACACCCGGAUCUGUCUGCCUGUGCCUCUGUACCACUGCUUCGGCUCUGUGGGGGGGGGGCUCUGUAUGGCCGUCCAUGGCGUCUCCGUGGUCUUUCCCUCCGCUGGGUACGAUGGAAAGGCCAAUUUAGCAGCUAUGGAGAGUGAAAGGUGCACAUUCAUCUACGGCACCCCCACCAUGUAUAUUGACAUGAUUAGUCAGCCAGACUUGGCUAAAUAUGACUUGUCAUCCGUUGAGGCAGGCAUCAUGGCUGGCUCCCCUUGUCCUCAAGAACUUAUGAAGAAGGUCAUUUCUGUGAUGAACAUCAAGGAAAUUACAAUUGGAUACGGCACCACAGAGAACAGCCCUGUCACGUUCUGCGCGUUCCCGACAGACAACAUAGAGAGGAAGUCUGAGACCGUCGGCUGCAUCCUCGACCACUUAGAGGUUAAAGUGGUGAACCCUACCACAGGACAGGUGAUGCCGCUGGGGGAGACGGGGGAGAUCAUGAUCCGAGGGUACUGCGUGAUGCUGGAGUACUGGGGGGACCAGGCCAAAACAGACGAGUGCAUCUCUAAAGACGGGUGGUACAAGACCGGAGAUAUCGGCAGCUUGGAUGCGUUCAGCUACUGUAAAAUCGAGGGCCGGAUCAAAGACCUGAUCAUCAGAGGAGGAGAGAACGUUUACCCUGCGGAGAUCGAGCAGUUCCUGCACACACACCCCAAAGUCAAGGAGGCCCAGGUGGUUGGAGUAGAAGAUUCCCGGCUGGGUGAAGAAGUGUGCGCUUGCAUCAAACUGGCAGACGGAGAGGACUGCACUGCAGAGGAAAUCAAAGCUUACUGCAAAGGACAGAUUGCACACUUCAAGAUUCCCCGCUACGUACUUUUUGUGACCAGCUACCCGAUCACCAUCACUGGAAAGAUCCAGAAGCAUUUGCUGAGAGAGGAGGCGGAGCAGCAGCUCGGGCUGAAGAAGGACAAAUGAACUGUUCAUGUAACUCAUUGACUUGAUAUCAUGUCCCACAAACAUACCCAACCAUCAGAACAUCUGAAAGAUCCCAUGAAUGACCAUGAACACACACAUAUUGUUUGUUUUUUAUCUCAAAUACAGGAGCACCAAAUAUGAAUUAAUCCAAUGCUGGAAGUAGUCCCAACAAAUGCACUAUUUCUAACUGUUUAGCAUUAUAUUUUAAUAAAGACUUCAGUGCCCAAAUCUUUGAGGAAGUUAGAGUUAAUUGUGACCAGUUUUGUACUUGUAUAUCUUCACUAGGACCCAAUGUGUUUGGUGAUUUGUUAAUAAUAUAGAAAAUAUAGAAAACACCGGAAAUGUGAACAUUAUUCGCAAACUGAAUAUCACUGCAGAACUUGUUUGUCCAUGAUCUUGAAAUAAACGUUGUACCAUGGUAUUAAAA